AUGGCAUAUUAUCAAGUUCUGUUAGUUUUUAUCCUAGCCAUUAUUUGUGUAAGCACAGAAGAAGAAGCUGCUGUACAUCGAAUGACCCGUGCAGAAAAACAGCAGUUAAGGGAGGAAUCAAGACGCAUGUUCUAUCAUGCAUAUGAUGCAUACAUGGAUAAUGCCUAUCCAGCCGAUGAGCUGAUGCCCUUGAGCUGCAAGGGUCGAUGGAGAGGGAUCACACCCAGCCGCGGGGAUAUGGAUGAUGUCCUAGGAAACUUCUCCCUCACGCUGGUAGACAGCCUGGACACCCUCGUGGUGAUGGGCGACUUCUCCGAGUUCAGUCGUGCGGUGCGGCUUGUGGUUCGUGACGUCACCUUUGACCACGACAUCAUUGUCUCAGUUUUUGAGACCAACAUUCGGAUGCUGGGCGGGCUUCUGUCGGCCCACGUGCUGGCGACAAAGCUCCGUGGCGAAGUACCUGUUUUGCGCUGGUACAACGGCGAGCUACUAACGCUGGCUGAGGACCUCGGCCGUCGGUUGCUUCCCGCCUUCAACACCUCCACGGGAAUACCGCACGGACGGGUGAACCUUCGUCAUGGUAUCCGAGGUCUGUCGGAGUCCCGGGAGACGUGCACAGCGUGCGCUGGCACCAUGAUCCUGGAGAUGGCGGCCCUCUCGCGUCUCACAGGCGAUCCGAUCUUCGAGCAGAAGGCUCAUCGUGCCAUGGACCAGCUCUGGAAGAUCAGGCAUAGGACGUCCGACCUGAUGGGCACGGUAAUCAACAUCCAUUCUGGAGACUGGGUGCGCAAGGACUCUGGUGUGGGUGCCGGCAUCGAUUCCUACUACGAAUACUGUCUGAAGGCGUACAUCUUGCUUGGUGACGAGAAAUAUCUGGCUCGUUUCAAUCGACACUAUAACGCCGUCAUGAAGUACAUUAGUCGUGGACCCGUGAUGCUGGCUGUCCAUAUGCACAGACCACAUCUGCAGUCGCGCAACUUCAUGGAUGCCUUGUUGGCUUUCUGGCCGGGGCUGCAAGUGCUGCUCGGAGAUGUGCGGCCCGCGGUCGAGACUCACGAGAUGCUGUAUCAGGUCAUGCAGCGUCACACCUUCAUCCCUGAAGCUUUCACCUCUGACUUCCAGGUGCAUUGGGGUCAGCAUCCCCUACGGCCAGAGUUCCUCGAGUCCACGUACUUCCUCCACCGGGCCACUGGAGACGACCACUAUCUCCACGUCGGCAAAACUGUGCUGAAAGCCCUCCAGCAAUACACCCGCGUGCCAUGUGGUUACGCAGCCGUCAACGACGUGAGAACCAGAGUCCAUGAGGACCGCAUGGACUCAUUCGUCCUGGCGGAGACAUUCAAAUACUUGUACAUGCUGUUCGGCGAGGACCGGGAUCUGCCGGUGAAGUUGGAGGAUUACGUGCUGACCACCGAGGCCCACUUCCUGCCGUUGUCGCUGGCGACCGAUGGCAGGAACUCGUCGUACCUGACGUUAAAGAUCGAUGAUGAAGACGAGGAUAAAUAUAGGAAAACGUGUCCGAGUACGUGGUCGCUGGUGGCGUCUCGGCUGCGACGCCCGCUCCGGCGGCUGCUGGGCGCGGCGGCCCGGCCCCCCGCGCGCCCGCGCCCCCUCACCGACCCGCGGCAGCUGCUCGCCCUCGCGGACAUGGGUAUCUCCGUGCUCACGCUGCCCGACGGCCGGGUCCAGCUCCUCUACACCACAUCCACGGCAAAAUCAGCAAAAGACGCCGCCGAGGGCCUCACGUUCAUGCGCGAGAUGUCCAAGUGGAACACUCUAAGCGACAUGGAGAGCGGCGUAGUGGCUGCUGGGGUGAAGGUUGACGAGCGCAUUUUUACCGCCGGCCCCGCCCACUUCGGUAAGGAAAUCACUGGAGACGAUCGUCUCGAAGGUACCGCUGCCUUCGCCUUGCCUCUCGACGCCUGCACCGAAAUCCAGAACAAGCACGAGAUUGCCGGUAAAUUUGCGAUAGUGCAACGUGGUCAAUGCACCUUUGCCCAGAAGGUCCGUAACCUUCAGACGGCCGGUGCCAAUCUGGCCCUGGUUCUGGACAAUGUGGCUGGAUCCACACACGAGACAUCCGCACUCUUCGCCAUGUCCGGCGACGGGAACGACGAUAUCGACAUCCCGGCUGUGUUCCUGUUCUCCCAGGAGGGUGCCUAUCUCACCGAGCAGCUGCAAAAGAACCCAAACCUCCUCAUCACGGUCGGAGAUCUGAGGUCGUUGAAGCGACAGCACGAGAAUAACUGCGAGGACGGGAACUGCGAAGCUGUCCUGGACUCGCCCGUGCCGGCUGAUAAGGAGUCCUUCGACCAUUUGAAGAGGGUGCUUAGCCAAUUGGUGGCUCAGUUUGAGCUUUCCCUGUCCAGCGAGGACUCGAAGACUUGCGAGGAAAACGCUGAUGUGAAAGAAACCAAAGACAACAUCGUGAAGAGUGAGAGCCAAAUUGAAAUAGAAAAAGAUCAACUUGCAGUCUGUAAGCUGGACGACGUUUAA